CAUCAAACACUCAAACUAUAGAUUGACAUAAAACUUGCAAGAAGUGUAAGAAAAGGGGAGAGACUACAAUCGUAGCAGAAAAAUGGAAAAGACUGCAAUGAAAUUGUCAUUCUUUGUUGCUCUCCUGUUUUGUAUAGCUGGUUCAGAGAUAAGAAUUGCGGACGGAAUCCCAUACAGAUGCAGUGUUGUACCAAAUUGCAUCCAAUGGUGUAUCGACCAGGGGUGUCAAAUCUGUACUUGUUUGAAGCAUCAGUGUAUUUGUCGCGAAAAUAUUGAUAAUAUUAUCACUUCUAAUGAGACACAUGAGAUCACUGGUUCUCUGUCUCCGACGAAACAGUAGAACUUUAUGGCAAUAAUGUUGUAUUGUGAUGAUGGACUCUAUAUUAUGCAAUGAAUAAUGGAGUGAGCUUGAAGAAAGACCAUUAUUACGAUGUGUUAUUUUAAUUUUAUUCAUGGUAAGAUAAUGGUUUGGAAUAGAAAAGAAAAAAGGCAAAGUGAAGGGAGAGGAUGGGUGGAAAUUCGUCCCCUUAUCAGGGUUUAAUUUUCUCAACAAGUUCUCCCUUCUCCUCAGUCCUCUCCCAUCCAACUUCCCCUCCUUUAGAAUUAACUCAAUUAGAAAAGGAAUUUCAUUUAUUUUGAGAAGCAUAGUUAUCAUUUUGGAAUUCAUUUCUAUGGCUUCAGUUUGGAGCGAAUCCUGAACUUUUAGAAAUGAUUUCUAAUUUUCAUAUUUGGAAGAAGAUGUAAAUGAAAUCUUUCAUAUAAUUUUACAGUAGUAUCCAUCAAUAAAUUAAAUGGUAGAUG